AAAAGGAAUAUGUCAACAAUCACUUGCCAAAUUGAAUUUUACAGAAAAGGGAUGGCAGCAAUAAGCUUCUAAUAGUUGCUGAUAUCAAGAAUUAGUUAACAUAUUUGAGUUACUAGAUGAUGUGGUAUGUUUAUUAAUUCGAUCGUUGGUUGUUUACUGGUAAUAAUUCAUGAUGGAUUGCAGUAAUUCUGUGAUAUUUAAAAGGAAGAUAUUUAGAGAAGUAAAUGACAAAAAUCUUCAGAGUUUUCAAAGAAGUCAGCAUGUAAAUGCAGAUCUUAUAAAUAGAUUAGGUUUAGAGAAGGAAUUAGAGGGACAUCAGGGUUGUGUGAACUGUUUAGAAUGGAAUGAGAAAGGAACGUUAUUGGCUAGUGGAUCUGAUGAUGUUCAGAUUAUGAUUUGGGAUGCAUUUAGACACAAACAAGUUACAAGUUUAAGAACUGGACAUCAAGGAAAUAUAUUUGCAGUGAAGUUUUUACCGAAUUCAAAUGAUACCAUACUAGUUAGUGGUGCUGCAGAUAGUAAGAUUAGAGUCCAUGAUAUUAAUAUGAAAGAUACAACCCAUGUGUAUAGCUGUCAUGCUGGUCGUGUUAAAAGAAUAGCUACUGCACCAACCAUUCCUUUUAUGUUCUGGAGUGCUGCAGAAGAUGGAACAAUUAUGCAAUUUGAUUUACGUUGUACAGACACCACUCAAACCAAUCCCCAGAAUGUUUUGAUUAAUUUAAAUGCACAUAUGGGAGAAUAUGCUGAAGCUAAAUGUUUAUCUGUGAAUCCUUUACGUCCUGAAUAUAUGGCUGUUGGUGCUAAUGAUCCGUAUGUAAGAGUUUAUGAUAGAAGAAUGUUAACAUGUAAACGAAUGCAAUAUCCUGGUGAAGCUAGUAAUAGAUUUCCAUGGGAUCAUCCGCAUUUAGAUUCAUUUAGUGAUGAAGACUAUAGUUUACCUAUUGGUUGUGUUGAUUAUUAUGUAGCAGGACAUCUACCAAAGAAACAGUCAGAUUACAUGAAAUUUAAAAGAUAUAGAAGUUUAGCAUCAACUUAUGUAACAUUUGGUCCAACAGGGUCUGAAUUGUUGGUGAAUCUUGGUGGUGAACAGAUAUAUUUAUUUGAUAUAAAUAGAAAGAGACAUGCACAGAAAUAUGAUAUUUCUCUAUUCAAAUCUUCGAAAGUCGAAUUCUGGACUGAUUUAGACAAAACUGUGAAAUCAGAUGUAAAACUUCCACCAAGAGUUGAAUACUUAAAGAAGAGAGCUAACAAUUAUUUUGAAAAAGAAGAGUUCACAAAAGCCAUUAUAAUGUAUAAUCAAGCUAUAUCACAACUAUCCAACUCUUCCGUCCUUUAUAGUAAUCGGGCAGCAGCUUAUAUGAAACGCAAAUGGGAUGGUGAUCUAUAUGCAGCAUUAAGAGAUUGUCACUGUGCCUUGAAAUUAGAGCCAACUCAUCUUAAAGCUCAUUUUAGAUUGGCACGGUGUUUAUUUGAAUUAUCUUGGGCUUCAGAAGCUUUUCAAUGCUUACAAGAAUUUAAAGCUAUGUUUCCAGAUUAUGCUAAAAGUCAUGCAUGUGAGGCAUUAGAUCGUGAUAUAAAAGCAGAAAUUUAUUCACAAACAGAUGCUGAAAAACAACAAGCUGUUACUAUAUCAGAACAAGAAAAACAAUGGACUAGUCAAGCCUAUGAUUAUGAAUAUAGAUUUUGUGGUCAUUGUAAUACUACUACUGAUAUCAAAGAGGCAAAUUUCUUUGGCAGUAAUGGUCAGUAUAUUGUGGCUGGUUCUGAUGAUGGGUCAUUUUUUAUUUGGGAGAAAGAAACAACUAAUAUAGUAAGAGUUUUACGAGGGGAUGAUUCUAUAGUCAACUGUUUACAACCACAUCCAAGCUAUUGUUUACUAGCUACUAGUGGUAUUGAUCCUGUUGUCAGAUUAUGGAGUCCUAGGCCUGAUGAUGGAUCAAAGAAUGAACGUGAAAUUGAUAAUUCAGAUGAUGCUGCCUCAGCUAAUCAGAAGAGAAUGAAUGCUGAUCCAUUAGAGAUCAUGUUAAUGAACAUGGGUUAUAGAAUAACUGGCUUUUUAGAUGUUGAUGAUGAGGAAAAUGAUAGAGCUGAACAUCAACAAGUCAAUUGUCGA